UGGGAUGUUUAAUUCGGCCCCAGAUACACCGUCCCCUGUCUACCCGGAUAGGCUCAUCCGCCCUCUGCCCAAGCGUACCCUCCGCUCUCGCCUGUCCUCUGAAGCGGCCGACUCGAUCCUCUUCCCACCGGCCCCUCCUGCCACUCAGCUGUUCUACGGAACCUCUGUGGACAGCGCAGACAUAGUAAAUGACACCAAAGUCUAUGUGCAGCAGAGCGACGGUCGCGACCAAAGCCCUGAGCGUGACCAUUUGCCGUAUGAGAAUGGGGUGGAGCUGGAGAGCGGUGAUGAGGAUGGGCCCGUAGUUGUGCGUCGAAGUGCUGGUUUCCGCGGGUCGUCAUUGUCCCCCUCUGCCGCCUCCAGUGCCCCUCCUCAGACGCUGCCCAGCAACAGUGAAGGGCCUCUAGUGAAGUCCUCCUCGGCGGGUCCUGAUGGGUACGAUGCGUUUGAGAACACCAACAACAAGAAGAAGCGCAAAAUUCCUACACCAGGCAAUCUCAGCAGUCACCACUCCACCCUCUCUCCAGAGUUCUCCAGCAUGGGCCUCGCGACGUCUUUUCAGUCCCCUUCCACUGCUGGCGAAGGCAGCCAUGUGAGUACCUUCUAUGGCACGGGCAGCCCCGCGUCUCCCAUCUCCAGCGGCAUGUCCGGUGCGGGACGAGGUCGCCUUGGCCGCCAGCCGCAGCGUGGUAGCACGGGGAGGAACUCCUUAUCGCUUCAUUCUCCCAUCAGUUGGCCUCGGACCCCUACGCGGCGCGAUGGCCUGUUGUCGUCCCCGGGACCAGCAGGUAUGUUUCUGUUGUGUGUCUGACCGAGUGUUCGGGCUUCGCUUACGCACGUUUAGGUGACUCCGCCCCGAAGCCAGACCAGGGCAUAAUCUCCGCCGCUAUUGCAAAUGCCGCCGCUUCAGCAUUCUCCCCACCUCCUGGACCCGGUCAUGUCAGCAUGCUCGAACGACAAACGCCUACGCCGACCAAGACUCAGUUUACCUUCACAUGCGAGUCGGACUCGUCGAAGGGAAUGGCUCUACAGGCACAGAACCCG